AUGGGCAAAACAAAUAAAUUUAAAGUCGAUCCCGCCAAUGUGUCCAAGCAUGCAUCAUCCUCUGUCACUGAUCCUUCCGAAGCAAAAACACCCAAGGAACGAGUCGAAGCCGAAUUGAAACUUUUGCAAGCACGUAAACAGCUGGUGUCGCUUGAUCCGCAGCAAGGCAAAAUUCAUCGAGUAGGGAAAAAGGUCACCAAAAAGGGAAGCAACUCCAAGAAACAAAAGAAGCUGGCACGAGCCCUCAUGGUAGCAGAUAAAGAAGAAGCCAAAGUUGGUAAACAGCUGGAGAAACUGGAGAAACGCAAGGCUCGAAAGUCGGUAUGGGAGUAA